UUCCCUCGUUGGAUGAUGGGCGUGCUGAGCGCUAUAAACCCCUGUGAUGUCAGCAGACUAUUCAGUCGUGUUGCUGGGGAAUCUAUUGUGCGGCUGUGGUUUCGGAGCUGCGAUUUAUUUGCUGCCACAUCUAACCGUGAACUGUGCGGACCGAUUGGAUUUACUAGUGACACAAUGAAACUGAAUGUGGAUCCCGGCCGUGGUACCUUGCUGCUGCUGUGCUGCCUACACUCGCUGAUUCCUUUCUGUGCAGCUGAUGAUGAUGAAGAUGACUGCCAUAAACCUGGCUGCUCCCAAGGGACAAGCUGGGUGAAUCUAUGGUACGUCUGGCUGAUUCUGGUGACCAUAUUUUUGCUUCUGCUCUGUGGGACUACAGCAAGUUGCAUCAAGUUUUGCUGCAGGAAAAAGAAGCCGCCUGUGCAGACCUUUCAGAAUCAUCCCUGCGAAGUGACUGUCAUUGCCAUAGAUAACGACAGCACCAUUCACAGUACUGUUACCUCCUACAGCUCUGUGCAGUAUCCCCAUAUGUUCCCAUUUGCUGACCCUGAUCGAAGUGCAAUGUCCCCUCCCGCCUACAGCCUGUAUGCCAUGGAACUACCUCCAGCUUAUGAAGAAGCCAUUAAAAUGGCCAAGACCAACAGUGAAGCUGGUCCCUCUGCUUCAGCCCCAAAACUUGAAGGCAUUAGUGAGCAAGAGGGGACAGAAGAUGAGCCAGAUCAACAGGCUGGGCAGCGAACCAUCUCAGAUGUCACUGAAUCACCACCCUGCUAUGAGGAGUCAGAAUCUAGCCAGGGACAGAGCCAGUCACAGCUAACUAUAGAUUAGGAACUUGUUCUUCCCAGAGCUUGGCAUGUAUGACAACGAUCAUGUUCUGCUGCAGUUGCCAACAGGGGACAUCCAGUCUGUUUAUAGUUAUAUCACCUACAUAUAAGGCAUUGACUUUCUAAAUAACACACCCUUCUGCUCUGUUUCAAGUAUUAGAGGAGUAGAUACCUGAAAAGUUUAAUUAGUCAUUGGCAAUGGUUGCAGAUCCCAACUAUUUGGGCAGAGGAAUACUGCGGCAGACUGUUUCCACAAAAGUCUUGGUGGCUCCCAAUUCCCUACUGUGGUGGGUGCAUUCAGAAAACUAAACUUCAAUGUUUGCUCUGGGAGAAAUGGAAUUCUGGCUUUGCACAGGAUAAGAUAAAAUUCACAUACUUUAUAUUCUAGCAGAUUUACAAGGCCUAGAAGCCACCUGUGUCUCUCAAAAGAUUCUAGGAGCAAACUUUGAGCAGUAGCUGGAGUGCCGCAGUUCUGCAUUUUGCUAGUAUGUUGUAGAGCAAGACCAGUUGUUAAAUGGAUAGGGGUGUUGGUUCAGUCAUAAGGGUAUAUGUAAGCUGAUGUUUUCUGCAGUUGCCUUGAGAUGGUUGGAGUAAUGGCUUAAUAGUUCCUGCCUAUGAGUGUCCUUCUUGCAGAAGGAUUAUUUUAUUUCUAGCAAAUUGCUGGUGUAAAAAAAAAAAAAAACCUUGUUGCUACGCAACAAUCUUCUCAUUCAGAUGUAUGUUACUCAAUGCUUUGUAUAUAUUUUUUGAAAUCUAAAUGAGUAUUGAGGGCUGAAGGGAUAAUUGCUCACCCCUGCUGCCACUCAGAGUUGGUGUAAAAUAAGGUGUUAAACUAUAUCCUUUUACUUGCUUAAGGUAUGUAUGUCAUUGUGUGUGCUGUAAUAUAUACGUUUUUUAAUUAAGUUGGUUCAACAAGCCAAAUAAAAAUCACAGUUGCUCAA